GACUCGGAGUAAUAUUGUUGCGUGCGGUAACGACACCCUUACAGCACACGGACGUUUACAAGAACAAACUGGCGACUUUGGCACGAACAACUCACGAACCGCCAACUCGAGUAUUACAGGGUCUGGCCAACUACACUCGGCCUCGAGCCACGCAUCUCAUUGCGCCAGCAACAGACACGGGGCUCGCAUAACCAAGAGUCGAGUGUAGCCGAGAGACUGUCAGAGUUGGUGGCGUAGAGAGUCAGGUGCUCACUAUGAGCAACCUACUCACCUCCCGCCAAGCGGAGGAACUUCACAAGUCUCUCAUCGCCUACCUAUCGUCAUGCGGCUAUACCAGGUCCGCUCAAGCAAUACGGGAGGAGCUAGAGAUAUCGGAAAGCAGCUUCGACGCUGCAACUUGCAAGAAGUAUGAGGGCCUACUCGAGAAGAAGUGGACUUCAGUGGUGCGGCUGCAGAAGAAGAUCAUGGACCUCGAGACGAAAACGCAGCAACUCCAGCAUGAGCUCGACAACGCCACACCAAGCAGUCUAGCGGCGAGGAAGAACCACGACCCAACCACAUGGCUACCCCGAGCACCUGCACGGUACACACUGCAGUCGCAUAAGAACCCAAUCACAUGCAUUGCUUUUCAUCCCAUCUUCUCAAGUUUAGCAUCCGGCAGCGAAGACUGCAGCAUCAAGAUCUGGGACCACGAGCUUGGCGAGCUCGAGCGAACACUCAAAUCCCACACCAAAGCCGUGCUAGACGUCGAUUACGGCGGCCCUCGGGGCAACACUCUCCUCGCAUCCUGCAGCUCCGACUUAACCAUCAAACUAUGGGAUCCCGCAGACGAGUACAAGAACAUUCGCACACUACCCGGCCACGACCACAGCGUCAGCAGCGUCCGGUUCAUUCCUUCCGGCGCGGCUGGCGCACCAUUAUCCGGCAACCUCCUCGCUUCCGCGAGCCGAGACAAAACCAUACGAAUAUGGGACGUCACGACAGGAUACUGUCUGCGCACGUUACCAGGUCACGGGGACUGGGUACGCUCACUGUCACCCUCAGCGGACGGCCGAUGGCUGGUCUCAACAUCCUCCGACCAAAGCGCACGGAUGUGGGAUCUCAGCCAACCCGACACCAACGCCCUGAAGCAGACAUUCAUGGCGCACGACCACGUCGUCGAAUGCUGUGCCUUCGCGCCCGCUGCGACGUACCCACAUCUGUCCGCUAUCGCAGGCCUGAAGAAGCCGCCUCCGCCGACUAGCGCGGCCGAGUACCUAGCUACCGGCGGCCGCGACAAGCUGAUCAAGAUCUUCUCCGUCAAUGGCCUGUGCAUCAAGACGCUCACGGGCCACGACAACUGGAUCCGAGCACUAGUCUGGCACCCUGGUGGGAAGUACCUCCUUUCUUGCGCGGACGACAAAACGAUACGCUGCUGGGACCUGGCGCAAGAAGGGAAGUGUGUAAGAGUUCUCGAGGCUGCGGAUCAUUUCGUCAGUUGUUUACGGUGGGCGCCUAGUGUAUAUAAGGAUGCCGCAGCGACGGCCACAAAUGGGCAAAGUAAUGGAGUGCCGACUAACGGCGUGACGGACGCACCCAAGGAGCAGAUCCGGUGUCUAGUUGCAUGUGGCAGUGUGGAUUUGAAUGUGAGGAUCUUCAGUGCUUGAAUCGUAGAAGUAUACGCGGAUAUACUUUCUCCAUCAGAUGUUGCACUC